UAAAAAAUGGUCUAUUGCCGUUAAAAUCUUGAUUCAUCAUCAGACAGACAAUUCAGAAGUUGCAGCGAGCGCUCCUUAAACGAGCCGAGCCAUGAUGUCGGUCUGCUAAGGCCAACUGAGAGUCGCAUCGCAUCUUCACCGCCGCAUCAGCCAUUAUCUGUCUCAGCUCCUGUCUCCGCCACCAUAUCAGUUCCACGCACAACAAGCCAGUAGUAGAGUUAUAUGCUUAUGAAUGGCGUGGUGGGAGCUUGGAAAGAAGAGAAUGUACAUGAAUUUUACUAGAGCGUUGACUAAAACGCCAUUUAGGCAUUUAGCAGGGUCAAGUCAUGCAUCUACCUUUGCUGCAAAUUCUGUUUAUGCAUCAGCAAGAUUUGUGCCAGAUUUCAUCAACCACUCAUCCAUGGGAGUGACUGGUUUUUCUAGUGGCACUGAAGAUUGUGGAAUACGGUGCUUCCAUACUAGCUCACAAGUUUGGGCAAGAAGUGGUGAGACAUUUGGUUUGAAGACCCCAAAAAAGGAGAAGUAUGUUAGAAAAGAGAGUAGAAACCAGCCUCCUGUUGAAGCUCCAUAUGUCCCUCGUAACGUCACAGCUACCAAGUCUAAUCCUGUUAAAACAGUAGAAAUAUUUGAAGGCAUGACCCUUGUUGAACUGGCAAAGCGUACUGGAAAAUCAGUAUCUUCAUUGCAGGAUAUCCUCACAAAUGUCGGUGAAAAGGUUGGAUCAGAGUUUGAGCCUCUCAGCAUGGAUAUUUCAGAGCUUGUUGCACUGGAGGUUGGUGUCAAUGUUAAGAGGCUACAUUCAACUGAAGGUAAUGAGGUUUUACCACGGCCUGCAGUUGUGACAGUUAUGGGUCAUGUAGAUCAUGGUAAAACUUCUCUUCUUGAUGCCUUGCGUCAAACAUCAGUUGCAGCCAAGGAGGCCGGUGGCAUAACUCAGCAUAUAGGUGCCUUUGUGGUGGUCAUGCCUUCAGGAGCAUCAAUCACAUUUCUCGACACUCCUGGUCAUGCUGCAUUUAGUGCAAUGCGGGCAAGAGGUGCGGCAGUCACAGAUAUAGUAGUGCUAGUUGUUGCUGCAGAUGACGGUGUGAUGCCUCAGACUCUUGAAGCCAUGUCCCAUGCAAAAGCAGCUAAUGUACCAAUUGUAGUUGCAAUUAACAAAUGUGAUAAACCGGGUGCAAAUCCUGAAAGAGUAAAAUUGCAGAUGGCUUCAGAGGGCUUGCUGCUGGAGGAGAUGGGUGGUGAUAUUCAGGUUGUUGAAGUUUCAGCAACUGCAAAAACUGGACUGGAUAACCUAGAGGAAGCUUUAGUCCUUCAGGCUGAUAUGAUGGAGCUUAAAGCACGGGUUGACGGGCCUGCUCAAGCGUAUGUGGUGGAAGCAAGACUUGACAAAGGACGGGGUCCAUUGGUAACUACUAUAGUGAAGGCAGGAACUCUAGUUUGUGGCCAGUAUGUGGUUGUAGGCUCACAAUGGGGAAGAAUAAAGGCUAUCAAAGACAUGGUAGGGAGGUUAACUCAACGAGCAACUCCUGCAAUGCCUGUUGAGAUUGAAGGGCUUCGAGGGCUGCCAAUGGCUGGUGAUGAUGUUAUUGUUGUUCAUUCUGAGGAGCGAGCUCGAAUGCUUAGUUCCGGUAGGAAAAAGAAAGCUGAGGAGGAUAGGCUUAGAAACAAGAUGAUACCGGACAAUCCAACUACUUCAGAUGAUUCUGUGGAGGUUCCACUGACGGUUGAAUUGCCAGUAAUUGUAAAAGCAGAUGUUCAGGGAACUGUUCAAGCUGUCACAGAUUCAUUGAAAACUUUAAAUAGUCCUCAGGUGUUUGUGAAUAUUGUCCAUGUUGGUGUUGGGCCGAUUUCUCAAUCUGAUGUGGACUUAGCAAAGGCUUGUGGUGCGUGCAUAGUUGGAUUCAAUAUCAAGAGUCCGCCUACUUCUAUUACCCAAGCAGCAACUCGUUCUAACAUCAAGGUAAUUCUGCACCGCGUGAUUUAUCAUCUGUUGGAGGACAUAGGCGAUGUGAUAAUAGAGAAGGCUCCUGGGACUUCUGAGACCCAUGUAUCUGGGCAAGCAGAAGUGUUGAAUAUCUUUGAGGUCAAAGGGAGCAAGACCAAGGGACCUGAUGUGAAGAUAGCGGGUUGUCGGGUUGUUGAUGGUUUUGUAGCCAGGUCAGGAACCAUAAGGCUCCUGAGGAGUGGGGAAGUUAUGUUUGAAGGACCGUGUGCAUCUCUUAAGCGUGAGAAGCAGGAUGUGGAUACUGUGAAAAAGGGUAAUGAGUGUGGGCUAGUCAUCAGUGACUGGCAUGAUUUCCAGAUUGGAGAUGUCAUCCAGUGCUUGGAACAAGUCAUAAGGAAACCCAAGUUCAUCAAGUCAGAGAGUGGUGCUGUUCGAAUUGAGUGCUGAUACCAUUACAACAACAACAGCCAAGCCUGUUCAAAUUGAGUACUGAAGUUGAUAAUUCUUUCAGAUAACAUUUUUUUGAUAAAAUAUCCAGCAAGCAGAAAAACUUAGUAUGGAUAGAUUGUUAUAGUAGUGAAGUUUUGAAGCAUAGUAUACUAGUUUUUAUUUUAUUUUUUGAUGUGCAUUGCACGUGUACUAAGUUGUUUUUAACUGUAUCAAAUUAUGUUAGAUCCACAGCUCUAUAUUCCUCAAGAGAGUAGAAAAUGUUUAACUUGUUGUAUCAAGUGCAAGAAGAUACCUUCUUCACGCAUUAUGAAUAUAUUCAAAUAAAAGAAAAAUGAGUGACUUUAGUUGACA